GAUGUCUGCCCCCUGGUGAAAGCCUGGAAACUUUCGAAAAACUAUUGCAGAUCCUGAUAUGAUUUUAAACUCAUAUGUGGAAAUGCUCGCAAAUACUGUGAAGAGAUGGGGAAUUACAAAUCCAGGCCAACAAGUACUUGUGCGGACGAACUGAAGAAAAAAAUCAGUGAGAGUUAUGCUUUGUUCAGGUCUAAGGCCAUAGAAGAUCUGCGUCCUCGGGAAACGGAUUGGUCAGAGCUUCAGCUUGCCUGCAGCCAUGGAGACAUUCACAGAGCGCGGGAACUGAUCACCACAGAAACAAGCAAUGAGAGAACGGAGAGUGGUCUAUCCUUGAUACACAUCUGUGUGAUAGCAGGAGGCUCCACCGCCAGCGACCUGGUGUCAUUGUUAUUACAGAAUGGCGCCAAACCGAAUUGGUUGAGUAAAAACCAGUUCUCUCCCCUUCAUUUGGCUGCAUACAAGGGGGAUGUUGAUGUGGUUAGUGCCUUGACAGAAGGACAUGCUGACCUAAAUCAGGCAGGAAACAGUGGAGUUACCUCCCUUCACAUUGCUGCCAUGUGUGGCCACCAGGAGGUUGCCAAACUCUUACUGAGUAAAGGAGCACAGAUAGAUGCCCCAGAUGCUGUUAGAUUCUCUCCCCUUCAUCUUGCUUGUUACUUUGGUCAUGAAAAGACAGUGGAGGAGCUGAUCAACAAUGGGGCUGACAUAAACAUCAGUGCUGGUGUCGGAGAUCGCCCCAUUCACCUGGCCUGUGCCCGGGGCAACCAACAGAUUACACAACGGCUUGUUCAGGGUACUAACACCCAGAAGGCAGAUGUAAAUGCCAAAGAUGAUGAGGAACACAGGCCCUUGCAUUUCUGCUGUAAAGGGGGUCACUUGGGGGUUGUGAAUUACCUCUUACAGCAGCCGGUGGAGCCCCACGUGACCAAUAUAUAUGGGGACACGCCUCUGCAUUUAGCUUGUUAUCAUGGGAAAAUAGAGGUUGCUAAGCAACUGGUGUCAAAGACAGGUCCAGAGAGUUUGUCUAUGGAAAACAUUUUUAGUGAAACUCCUUUACACAGUGGUUGUAGCUAUGGUCGCAGCAUAGAUCUGGUGAAGUUUUUGUUGGAUCAGCCUGCGGUGGACAUCAACUACCAGGGAAAAGAUGCCCACACAGCUCUUCACAGUGCCUGUUACCAUGGUCACAUCCGACUGGUGCAGUUUUUGCUGGAGAACGGUGCCGACAUGAACCUGGUAGCUUCUGUCAGCGAUCAGAAUGGCGGCAGUGAGAAGAAGGAAGAGCAAACUCCUCUCAUGUGGGCGUAUGAGCGAGGUCACGACUCCAUAGUGACGUUGUUGAAACAUCACAAGCGCCCGCAGGAUGAGUCCGCAUGCGGGGACUACACCCAGCCAGGGGGUGACGGCUCGUACGUCUCUGUCCCCUCCCCACUUGGCAAGCUACGCAGCAUCACAAGAGAGAAGAUUGACGUCUUACAGCUGCGUGCCAGCCUCCCGCACCAGUUCCACCUUCUCAUCACAGACAUGGAAUUCCAGGAGGUCAUUGGCACUGGAUCCUUUGGCAAAGUCUUCAAGGGAAAAUGUAGAGGAAAGACAGUGGCUAUUAAACAGUACAGGGCCAGCUCCUUUGGUGCGAAGUCAGAUGUGGACAUGUUUUGUAGAGAAGUGUCCAUCCUGGCCAAACUCAACAGUUCUUAUGUUAUAAACUUUGUGGGGGCGUGUUUGGAUGAUCCUAGUCAAUUUGCCAUAGUCACACAGUUCGUGUCAGGUGGAUCGCUCUUCAGUCUUCUUCAUGAACAAAAGAGGCUGAUUGACUUACAGUCCAAGCUAACGAUCGCCUACGACGUGGCCAAAGGCAUGGAAUAUCUUCACAAUCUACCUCAGCCAAUUAUACACAGAGAUCUCAACAGCCACAACAUCCUGUUGGAUGAAAACGGACACGCCCUGGUGGCUGACUUUGGAGAAUCCCGCUUUCUGAGGUCUACGGAGGAAGAUAACAUGACCAAACAACCUGGGAACCUCCGCUGGAUGGCUCCUGAGAUCUUUACCCAGUGCACCAAGUAUAGCAUCAAGGCAGAUGUGUUUAGCUACUCUCUGUGUCUGUGGGAACUUCUGGCGGGAGAACUGCCCUUUGCUCAUCUCAAGCCAGCUGCAGCCGCUGCUGAGAUGGCGUACCACACAACGCGACCUCCGAUCGCCAUAACCUUUCCCAAACCUCUGCUUGCUCUGCUACAGAAAGGUUGGAAUGCCAACCCACAGGAGCGUCCAGAGUUCAGAGAAAUUGUCCCUAUUUUGGAGGAGUGUCGGCACUCACAGGCUGUGGCGUUGCUAAGCAACAGUAUAAGCACUCAGUCCGAGUUUAACAGUGGGCUUAGUGUGCUGACUGAGCCUGUGCUGGAAGAAGAGGACGGGAGGUCAACUCCCCCCCUCACGGGUAUGGUGACUGCCAUGAGGACACGCUGGGAAAUGGAAGCCUCCAGAAAUAAUGCUGUGUCGUCUGAAGAAUUUCGUCGCAGGUUUCCUUAUGCACAGUUGGAUAAAAAUGGUUAUGUGACCGACCCACUCAGCACCCUGGGGAUUCCUGUCUCUCUGCCCCUCCCCCCACAAGCCUCUCUCAGCACAGAAGAUGAGAGCCACCUGCUGGUCACUAGGCUCCACCACCUGCAACUGUAG